AGAAGAGGGAGGAAUAUUGAACACAAAAACAAUCAACGCUGCGCGAUUCGGACGCAUACUCGGAGUUUUUCAGCGUGGGUGUUUUUCCUCGGUCGGCGUUUUUCGGCGGCUUCUUAGUGAAAAAAAAAACAAUUGUGCACGAAGGCAAAAAAGUUAACAGAAAGCUGAAUUAAAAAGAAUAUAAAUUUAAAACGACGCACCGUGAAUUAAAAACAACAACUAAAGCCGCAGCUGUAAAUUUCGCGCUUUUAAUAGCCAUAAAACGUACGAAGCAAAAGUUAAGAAGUUUUGAUUUAUUCUAAUUAAAACUGAGGUUGCGCGAUAACCAACGUUGACCGAAUCAAAGCUUCGGCUCACAGGUGACUGACGACGACGACGUGGACGACAACGAGGAUUGCCCAGCAAUGUGCAGACGGUCGCUGGCUGGAAUUGCUGGCAGGACACAGACCGCAAGGAUCAAUCCAAUCAAGGAGCAGCAGUUGCAGCUGUGAAUGCAACAUUGGCCACUUUUUAUACUUACCCACACGAAAUGCGUUUUUGCAGCUCGGCCAACGGAGAGAUAGCAGUUGAUAGAUGAACUAGUGCAAAUGCCCUCCAACUGCAGCUUUUGAUGCAAACUUAAGGCAGGGGCCCACAAAUAGAACAAAGCAUAAGCCAACUCGACUGAUAGUUUAAACUGAAACGAUACAACACCCACACACAUACACACACUCUUGGCUACAGCAACUUUUUAAUUAUUGUUAAGAACACACUUUUGCAAAACAACAACAACAACAACUCGUCAUAUGCCAAAUAUGUGUUGCCCCAACUGAAGCUGAAAAAGAAGGAAACUAAAUACCCAUAGGAAGCUCAACACAAAACGAAACCCAAGCGAAACCCAGAAGGCUCAAGCGCGCGCUCAUCACCAGGAGGUCAUCGCAUAAGCCAUGGGCAACAAAUGCUGCAGCAAGCGACAGGAUCAGGAAUUGGCACUGGCCUAUCCCACGGGAGGCUACAAAAAAUCCGACUACACCUUUGGCCAGACGCACAUCAACAGCAGCGGCGCCGGCGGCAACAUGGGCGGCGUUCUUGGCCAGAAGCACAACAAUGGCGGGUCGCUGGACUCGCGCUAUACGCCCGAUCCUAAUCAUCGGGGUCCGCUGAAGAUUGGCGGAAAGGGCGGCGUGGAUAUCAUCAGGCCACGCACCACACCAACUGGCGUUCCCGGAGUGAUGCCCAAGCGCGUCGUGGUGGCCCUCUACGACUACAAGUCCCGCGAUGAGUCCGAUCUGAGCUUCAUGAAGGGCGACCGCAUGGAGGUCAUCGACGACACCGAGUCCGAUUGGUGGCGCGUCGUGAAUCUGAGCACCCGCCAGGAGGGCCUCAUCCCGCUCAACUUUGUGGCCGAGGAGCGCAGCGUCAACAGUGAGGACUGGUUCUUUGAGAACGUGCUGCGCAAGGAGGCGGAUAAACUUCUGCUGGCCGAGGAAAAUCCACGUGGCACCUUCCUCGUUCGACCCUCGGAGCACAAUCCCGAUGGCUACUCGCUGUCGGUGAAGGAUUGGGAAGAUGGACGUGGAUAUCACGUGAAGCACUAUCGCAUUAAGCCGCUGGAUAAUGGUGGCUACUACAUAGCCACCAAUCAGACUUUCCCCUCGCUCCAGGCCCUGGUCAUGGCAUAUAGCAAAAACGCUCUUGGCCUGUGCCACAUACUAUCGCGUCCCUGCCCCAAACCCCAGCCCCAGAUGUGGGACCUGGGCCCGGAGCUGCGCGACAAGUAUGAGAUACCGCGCUCCGAAAUUCAGCUGCUGCGCAAACUGGGACGCGGCAACUUUGGCGAGGUCUUCUACGGCAAGUGGCGCAACAGCAUCGAUGUGGCGGUGAAGACCCUACGCGAGGGCACCAUGUCGACGGCUGCGUUCCUUCAGGAGGCGGCCAUCAUGAAGAAGUUCCGCCACAAUCGCCUGGUUGCCCUCUAUGCGGUUUGCUCGCAGGAGGAGCCCAUCUACAUUGUGCAGGAGUACAUGUCGAAGGGCAGUCUGCUGGACUUUUUACGCGAGGGCGACGGACGGUACUUGCACUUUGAGGAUCUCAUCUAUAUCGCCACCCAGGUGGCCAGCGGCAUGGAGUAUCUAGAGUCCAAGCUGCUCAUCCAUCGCGAUCUGGCGGCACGCAACGUACUGAUUGCCGACAACAAUGUGGCUAAGAUUUGUGAUUUUGGACUGGCGCGCGUUAUUGCCGACGACGAGUACUGUCCCAAGCAGGGCUCACGGUUUCCGGUCAAGUGGACGGCGCCCGAGGCGAUCAUCUACGGCAAGUUCUCGAUCAAGUCGGACGUCUGGUCGUAUGGCAUCCUGCUGAUGGAGCUGUUUACGUACGGACAAGUGCCCUAUCCGGGCAUGCACAGUCGGGAGGUGAUCGAGAAUAUCGAACGGGGUUUCCGCAUGCCGAAACCGACGAAUCACUACUUCCCGGACAACAUCUACCAGCUGCUGCUCCAGUGCUGGGAUGCCGUGCCCGACAAGAGGCCGACGUUCGAGUUCUUGAACCACUACUUCGAGUCGUUCUCGGUCACGUCCGAGGUGCCGUACCGAGAGGUGCAAGACUAAGCAGCCGAGUCCAGAGCCUAAUCACACACAUCACCUACACACUCACACGCAUACACACACGUACGACAUAUAUAUAUAGUAUAUAAAGUUAUACAUAUAUAUUAUACAUUUAUAUGCAUAUUUACUAUAAUUCUUAAGACUUUUUAAUGGCAUACCAACCACACACACACACACACCCAUGAACUCUAUAUGUAUGGUAUAUAUGUAUGUGUUUAAGCGUAUCUUAACAGUUCUCUGAAUCAAGCAACAAAAACCAGAAAAAAAGAAAGAAAACGAAACACGAAAAUCGGAAAGAACUAAAUUUUAUAUUUUACACGCAAAACUAUUUUAUAAUUUAUAUAUAUAUAUAUACCUAACUGUAUGUACUAUGAAAAUAGAAA